AUACAACUGACGACCGACACCCAAGACGGUGCACUGUUUCUCUUCACGUACCUGAGUGCAUGUUUACAUCCUGUGGCUCUACAACCUCGCGCGACUCACAUCUUCUCGCACUCCCAUGCUGUCCCUCAAUCCGUUUACGCUCUUCCUACCUCUCUUGUCCGUUCUCAUCUCCAUCUUGCACCUCCAGCACUGGACUCUCUCUGUCUGCAACCGACCUUGUGACACUCUCAAGCUUCAACUUCAUUGUCAACCUCCACAGCCAUGGCCGACACCUCGUCGUUCAUGGACUGGCAUCCUCAAACGCCUCCUCCAGCGCACAACCCGUACCAAGGAAGAUACAUACCCGGUGGUUGGCCUGUCGACCCUCCCACACCUGCCCCUCCUACUGCCGGCGUCUUCAUGCCUCCUCGCAGACCUUCUCCUAUUGAACACAUCAUCCCUGUCGCAAAAAGAAUAUGCGCAGGCCUGGGCGGAUUGGCUGGACUCGGCUUUCAUGCAGCUACACAACUCGGCAGAUGUACUGUCGAUGCCACCACAACUGUCGUCAUUGUUCCCACCGUCUUCAUUGUCCGACGAUUCCAGCAGCGCCGCCGUGACCAGAGGCCUCGCCAGCAAAGACCACAGGCUACUCAAAGAUCUCUUCCUCCCCCACUCUCACAAUCACCAUGGAAUCGAGCCGUUGCCAACGAGCGCUUCACAGCUCGACAAACAGCAUCUACUGUGCCGCAAACGCCUACAGUCCCUUCCAAGCCGCAACCCACACCUAUUUCACCCGAAAAGGAACAAUAUCAACCCACAGAGGACGUCUUGUACGAGGUCCCAGAGUUCAGACCACAAUACGUCUUGAACCCACGCAGCAAGAAUGCUACUCCCCGAAUCCAUUACCGGCGCGCACGCGUCGAUCGAGUAUUUCCCGACAUGCCUCGAUUUACACCUCCUCGGGAACCAAAGCCAGUUCAUCUUCCAACCCCAGAAGAAAAGUCUGAAAGAUCACCUCUGGAAUGCGCGAAACUAGAAUCCCCCUAUCCGCAACUGAGGCCAAUUCCUGCCUCACCCCCGUCGCCCGCAGAAACCAUCACCUCCGUCGAGACUCUCACACCUAGCGCACAGCUACAACAAGCCCUCCACACAGUCACCGAGAGUGACACAGAAUCAAACGGAGUUAUCUCGUCCAUCCAGCGAUCUAGAAAGAGACGCAUUCAUACACAAGGCUCCCGCGCAACCGAAGACGGCGAACCCGCUGCAUCUUCAAAGAGAGUCCAGACCACAGGCCCGAGCGUGGGAUCACCACAGACUCCGACACCUGCCAUUGUUGUGCAAGACGCACCACCAUCAGGAAAUCCAAAAGCUCCAUCACCUACCGACUCGACAUUGUUGUCACCGCCUCGUCUAAAACUACGGCGUUUCAACACCCCGAGGUCAGUCCGACCGAAACAGACUCUCCCCAAGACCCCCAAGACCCCGCUGUCAGAUAUCUCAUCCAUGUGCGAUUGCUCUCCAGGAAACUAUCACAUCGAUGCACCAAGAUCCCCCGUUAAAAGCGAGAUAUCUUCUUUCUUCGAUGGAACCCCACCUCCGAACCCAGAAUUGGAUGCUCACGUAUUCAGAAUGAUUAUGGCAGGAGGUGGAUCCCCCAUACCAGCUUCCGAAACCUUUGCAGAGAGCGAAAGCUUUGGAGUGACAUCAGCACCCAACGCCGCCGCUGCGCCAGAACAAACACCCAGCGAAAUGUCGAACAGCAAUGAACCUGUCGCAUCAGAAAACAGAAGUGAAACAAACAAUGACCUUGUCUCUACCACAGGAGGAGUGACCACAGAGAUGACUGAAAAUGUUCCUGGCCUGGCCAACCACGAACUUCUUUCAGAAUUCAAUAGUGUCACAAACCGAGUGGAGCAAGACGUCGCAAUGCAGGAAACCGAGAUUUCCAAGAAAGAAUCAACAAAGACACCUAAGCGUGUCAAUCCACAAAAACCAAAAGUCGCAAGUCCGAUUGACUUAACUGAUGACAAAGAGACCAGCGAAUCCAGCUCCUCAGCGACAUCUUCCCUUCAUACUCCCGAAAAGCAACUUGCAGAACUGACUCUAGAUGAUGUAUAUACACCAGAGCAGCCGACCCCGAAAGCGACACCACAUUCAUCCGAAAAGAUACAGAGAGUCACGCGCGCAGAGUCCAAGAGACUGGCGAUCCUUGAAGAGAAGACUCACUACGAGAUUGUCCCACUCACAGAAGACUGGGAAAAGAAAAUCCAGACCGCCCUUCGUCACGGUCAUGGCGCUUUCAAAGCUAGAGAUUUUACCCGCGUCGUCCCUCUCAACGCACAUUCUAACCGCGGCACCGAUCAAUGGCUUAAUGACGAAGUCAUUAAUGGAUACCUUAACCUUGUUGUCGCCCACGGCAAGCAGAACGAUCGUCCCACACAAGUUCCCACACACCACGCCUUUGUGUCCUUCUUCUUCAACAACCUCGAAAGCCGCGGAUAUGAUAGUGUCAAACGAUGGGCUUCACGAGCAAAGAUUGGGGGCAAGAACCUCCUGGAGACAGAAGCGGUGUUCAUCCCUGUCAACAGCGGUAGUCACUGGACGCUUUGUGUGGUGUCAGGCAAGAACCGCACAAUCGCACACUACAACAGCUUGAGGGGGAACGGCAAACGAUAUAUCAACAUCGUCAAGUCCUGGGUUUCUGCAGAAUUGGGGUCUGCAUACAAGGAGUCCGAGUGGACCUUCAUUGAGGCAGGAGAGAGCCCUCAACAGACCAACAUGGACGACUGUGGGGUGUUUACGAUUACAAGCGCAAGGCAGAUCAUGUUGGGGCUUACGCCCAUGUCGUACAACCCCGACAUGAUCCCCUUGCAGAGAAAGAGGAUCGUGGCGGAGCUUGUGAACGGAGCGCUCUUAAAGAGCAGUUCGUAAACAGUUUUGUGUUUCUUGUUUUGUUUUUUUGUGAUGACUUCUACGAAAGCAUGAGCUGAUGACAACGAUACCCCCUCCCGACGAGGAUCGGGCCUGUGUACGAGUGUUUGGUUUUGGUUUUGGUUUUGGCUUUGGCGUUGGUGGGCUCUUGAGGAGCUGUGAAGCUCCUUCCUGUAGGAUAGAUAGGAACAAAAGGACGGGAGGAUACAGAA